AUGAGUGACACGCCAUCGGUUAGUCAAUCGGGUAUAUCCAACAAARUUAAUAAAAAUAGCAAUUCUUCACUAAGUCUGGACAGAGCGGCCUUUCUUCUCAUCAGAAUUAAGAGGGUUUUCCAUAAAAAGAAACACAAAUUAAAUAAAAGUAAUAUAUCGGAAAGAGGACACCCGAUCGUUAGGAAGAGUAAGCCACCGAUGCUUAGGGCGCGGACACUGCCAGCUAUCAUAACUCCCGCAUUAAAUAUACUUCAGGCACAACUCGAGCCCUUUAAUGAUCAACAGUCCUCCAGUGGUAUUACCGCGGAUCUGCCAUCAAAUGAAAUUAAAUGUCAAUAUCUUCUUCAUGAACCACAAUACAAAUAUAGUUUAUCAGUUAGUGAUAAUGAUAGUUUUAUGUCUAAAUCACCGGCACUUUCGCCCAGAGCUAGUGUCUCAUCGACCAGUUCUACGGGUUCGGCAACAAAAGAUGCCUCACAUAAAAAAAGUGUUAGUUUUGCCAAACUUACAAAAUUACUGUCAACACAACCAAAAGAUAAGUUAUCGGCUUCAAAGUCAACCGGACAUCAGUUCACUAAUGAUAAUACCGGUGAUAUAGGAAUGUCUAAUAAAAUAAAGAGAAGUGGAAGUAUUGACAGUUUUAUGGACGCACAGCUCAGUAGCAAAAAUGAAAACAUUAUUGUUGAGCCAUUUUACUCUUCAAACAAACCAAACAAUUCAAAUGUUGCCAAAAGAGACAGAAUUAGCGCUUCUAUAUCUCCCCGGUUUAGGGGUCAUCUGCCUCUCAGUUCGACAACAUCUGUACAUCUCAUGGAUUUACAACGAAACUUACAUGACGUGCCAUCAUCUCCAAGUGCUUCAUAUAGAAUCACCCGAACACUUCCAGGUCGACGACAGGCCAGUAUCGAUGUGUUUGUUCCCGAAGGCAUACCUUAUUUGACCAAAUCUGAGAAGAAAAAACUCGAAAAAUACAACAAAUUUAAUUUUGAUUUACAGGCAAUGUUUUCUGCCGUUGAAAAUGAACAGUUGGAGAGGACUCGGAUGAUAAUUGAGUCGACAAACGUUGAUAUUAAUAGUUGCAACUCCGAUGGUUUCACUCCAUUGGAUAUCGCAGUCAUGACAUUAAAUAUACCAUUAAUUAAAUUAUUGCAAAGUUAUGGUAGUCUAGAGAGUCAAAACUUUUCGACUAAAGAAAGUCGUGAAAAUCAGUUGAUAUCUCUUCUUAAAGAAUCCCAACGAUGUGUUUUGGAUCUCAAUCUGACUGUCUUUAGUGUCUUACCUAAUAGUGGUCUAAGCGCUGCACUUCUUAAAGAAAAGGAGCGACAGUUGUAUUUAUGGGAGCGAAGACUCAAACUUCUGGAGCGAAUGAGAUCCGGUUUUGAAAGAUUAGAAACACCCGAACCGCCCGUAUGUGUCCACUUGGAAGUUGUGGCCACCGAUUGCUUACGCAUAAGAUUUAAUGAACCUAUACUUAGCAAUGAAAACAAGUCAAUCAUCACUAAAUAUAAGGUUGAAUGGAGUGAAAAUAAUUUUAUUACAAUUGAUGGCACACUCGAUAUCACUGAUCUUCAAAAGCUUGAAAUUAUAAUCGAAAGAUUAAAAAAUAGUCAAAAAUACUUCGUAAGGGUUGCGUCCGGCAAUUGUAAAGGAUAUUCAGUCUAUUCCUAUCCAUCACCUAAUUGUGCCAUUCCUUCGAGUUGGAGAAAUGUCGAUCAAAAGCAUUCAACAAAUAUUGAUCUCUCAAAAAUAGAUCAAUUAUUUCAAGAUAUGAUAGAUUGUCGACCAAACACAUGGGUUGAAGUUAAGGUAUUAUCUGUUGAAAGUGAUAAUUCUUAUCAACGCAAAGGACAGGUCCGCAAAAGUUUUAAAAAUCUGUUUGUGACGACUCCUAAGUUUCAAAAGACUAUGAAAAGAGGAAUCUAUUUGUCGUGUCUUUUAUAUAACGAAGACAAGGUUCUCGUGACCAACGAUGAGAUUCUGCCGAUCAUUGAAAUCGAUGAUGUCUAUCCGUCAUCACUUCAAACAGACUUUCAUUGGAUGCUUAAGAUAUCGAGCACUUGGGAGGACGUCAAGGCUUUACGCCGAGAGCUCGAUAAAAGCCAGAGUUCAUCAGUGGCUCACUUCAGAAGCAAAAUAUUAUCAUCUGUUGAACAAAUGCAGACAUUUCUUGGAGUCCAAGAUUUGGGAAAACUGUUUUAUAAGCCAUUGAAAGACAGCGACGGGACAACUGUGUUGUGUGCUAUCAAAAGGCUUACUGAUAUUAAAAGUAUGAAUUGGUUAUCAUUACGAUGGAUACCAAUGACAAAACUACAGAAAAAACUUCUUAGUCUUUAUACAAAUUCAAUGCAAGAAAUGAGUGAACAGUCAAUGAAUUGUCCACUAAUUGGAGAUUUACUUCAUUCCUCAUUACAAGAAAUGAUUUGCUAUCACAAGGCAUGUAAUAACCCAUUGCCUCGAGGCUUAUAUCUGGGAUUUGUCAAACUCAAGACAUCUGUGGACACAAUGAGUAUUUUAGUGCCUCAGAACAGUCCAAAUGUUAUGCCACACAUCAAAGUCAGAGAUAAUCCACAUGUUUCUCGUGAAGAAUGGAUUUGCCUUAAGAACUGCAUUCAUCCAAAUCAGCUUAAAGUUGAUGUAAUCUCUGAAUCGUCGCAAUUGAAGUUUUUACAGUUUAUUACCAAAUCUGCAAAUGUUUUGCUAAACUCAUUAAAAAUUCCGGAAAAUGAAAUCCCUGGCCAUAGGAUAUAUGAUACAGAAGUGAUAGAACUUAGUCCCGACGUUUCGUUUAUCAUAUUAUUACCUCCGGUUCAAAAUGUCUGUUCAAUCUUCAGCCAAUCCGAUGAAUUACCCGCUUAUUUGAAUCUUAUAUAUCUUCCUCUCAGAACAUUUGAAUUAAUCAAUUUAAAUACAUAUCGACAAACAUUUAUAUCGCGUUAUUCAAGAAUAUCGUCUAUUCUUGAGAUGGAUUUAUUAGUAGCACAACAGACACAUCGAGAAGCAUUUUCAUCCAAUGAAGUAUUGGCCGCUAAAUCACGUCUAACAAAACUUCAAGAAUUUCAGAAUAUAUUGGAAGAGUUGUGGCGAUCUAUGCGAUGGAUUAUGGAUGUGGUGACCAUUGCUAGAGAUAAACAAAGCAUUUGUGGCAUUUCUUUGGAUAAUAUUAGACAUACAUUAACUAACAGUAAUGUUCUUUUAGAAGACGAAGAAAUUUUUCAAAUUCCUACCAUAAACUUGUCUUCGUCACCACUUAACUCACCUCAAUCUAGUCCUCCACCACAUCCCAUAAGUCGUCGUCCCAGUCGUGACGACUCAACCAUAGACACAAAUUUUUUUUCGGAUCAGCUUCGUAUAAAUUCUUCCACUUCUUCAUAUUCAUUGAUUGAUUCAUUAUGUUUCAUGAGUUCUGACUAUAAAACUGAAGCACUUUAUGGUAAAGCUUGUGAUGAUAUGCGUCGCUGUUCUUCGGCUUCAAAAUUAACAAAUGGCUCCAAUCGUGGAAAUCAUAUAAGAAGUGAUAAUCAAUGGUCAAGUGAUCAAUUGAUGUCAUCAAAUGAAAGUUUGAAAACAACGACAUCUAGAAAACACUUAAAUUUAAAUGAAUUGUUUGAAUCGGAAAUGGAUGUCAUCGAUGAGUCCAAUAACGAGAACAAAGAGUCAGAAUCGGGUGACCAUUGUUUUCGGCCAAUUGUUUUGUCCAGUAUUUCAAGUGCUGACACUUUUGAUUUAAAUUUACAACAAAUACAGAAAUUAAAGGACAAUGAAUUUAUGCCUUAUAUGUCAUCAAAUACUUCACAAAAAAGUAAAACCAAUCAAAUUAACAAAUUUUGUGAUAACUUUUGUGAUAAUACUUUUAUACUACGAGUUUAUGCCGCUUAUGAUUGCGGUCUACCAUUUGGUACGAGUCUUAAACUGCAAGUGACGGCAGAAACAACUGUUAAAGAGAUAAUUGAAUUAGUGGUCAAACAUCUGAAUUCAAUAGUUGUUUCUCGAGGAGAGAGUCAUCCUAUCUAUGAAUUGGAUCAAUUCAACAGAUUCUGUAUGUCAGCCGUCUAUUGCUCUGAAGUUAAACAUCUUAACAAUGACUUCAAAGUAGUCAAACUCCAGAUGCCAUGGAAUCGGGCGAUGCUUUGCAUUGCCAUUAGAGAUGAUAACCUAUUAUAA